AUGGAAAGUGCCAACCAGACAGCCUCUGCGACAGAGUUUAUUCUCCUAGGCCUCUCUGCACACCCAAAGCUGGAGAAAAUGUUCUUUGUGCUCAUCCUGUCAAUGUACUUGGUGAUCCUGAUGGGCAAUGGGGUUCUUAUUUUGGUGACUAUGUUGGUCUCCAACUUGCACACACCCAUGUACUUCUUCCUGGGGAACCUUUCUUUCCUGGACAUCUGCUACACUACCUCCUCAGUCCCCCUCAUUCUUGACAGUUUCCUGAACUCCAGGAAAACUAUAGCCUUCUCAGCUUGUGCUGUGCAGAUGUUUCUCUCCUUUGCCAUGGGAGCCACAGAGUGUGUGCUUCUGGGCAUGAUGGCAUUUGACCGCUACAUAGCCAUCUGCAAUCCCCUUAGAUACCCCAUGGUCAUGAACAAGGCUGCCUACCUGCCCAUGGCUGCCAGUUCCUGGGGAGCUGGAAUUGCUGUCUCCAUAGUUCAAACAUCCCUUGCAAUGAGACUGCCCUUCUGUGGGAACAACAUCAUCAACCACUUCACCUGUGAGAUCUUAGCUGUCCUGAAGUUGGCUUGUGUUGACAUCUCCAUCAAUGUGAUCAGUAUGGGAGUGACAAAUGUGAUCUUCUUGGGAGUCCCAGUUCUGUUCAUCUUUGUUUCCUACAUCUUCAUCCUCACCACCAUCCUAAGGAUCCCGUCAGCUGAGGGAAGGAAAAAGGCCUUCUCCACCUGCUCUGCCCACCUCACAGUCGUGGUUGUCUUCUAUGGGACCAUCCUCUUCAUGUAUGGAAAACCCAAAUCCAAGGACCCUCUGGGGGCAGACAAACAUGACCUUUCAGACAAGCUCAUAGCCCUCUUCUAUGGGGUGGUGACCCCCAUGCUCAACCCCAUCAUCUACAGCCUGAGGAACAAGGAUGUGAAGAUGGCUGUGAGGAACCUGGUACAUCAGAAACACUUCACCCAGUGA